CUUGAUGCUCUUAAAGGCCCUACUUUCCAAGGAGAUAUCGUAGUUGGCCAUGAAGGAUUUCUUAUUGGUUCGGAGGGUUGUUAUGACGUUUUGGAAGGAAAACUAACCCGUUAUGGUGUUACGGCGGGUUAUACUCAUCCUGAAUAUAACGUUGCCCUUCGCGUAACUAAUUCAUUGUCUGCUUAUACUCUUUUAUAUUAUCAUCGUGUGAGCUCUGAAAUUGAAGCCGGUGCUAAGGCU